GCUGCUGCAGAGGGUGGAAGACGUCCUCCAUCACUUCUACAUCUCAAAAGAUGUCAACCUGCUCCUCUACAAAUCCUCCAUGUUAAAGAUAUGAAGGAUGCAGCGUGUGCACAUCUUGAGAGGCUGCCUGAGCGACCCUGAGGUGGGGGAGGGAACCCUGUACAGGUUUGGUGGCACCUUGCAGCUGAACUACACCGAGGGAGAGGGAGCUGCUGCACCCAUCUGGAUCCCUGAGAGGCCCCUCUCAGCAGGAGGGCUUCCACUUUCACCAAGCCCAGUGGGUCACAGGGAACCGGGUUUCCUGUGAAGUAAGCACAGGCCAUGACGGGGGUGGUGCGCUGGAACUUCCGGAGACUGGUUGACCUGAAGCUGCCCGGUGUGGAGCUGCCAGCCGUGUUCAACCCCGUGUUGAUAGCAGAGCUGAACAAUUUGUCUGUAAAGGUGACGGCAAAGGCAAAAUAUCCAGCGCUGCAGGUCACCAACGGGGACACAGGAGAGAGAUUCGGUCUGGACUAUGUGGAGCCCGGCUGUCGUCCUGUUCCUCUCAACUGGGACAAGCACAAGACACAGCCAAGCAUGGCCGCUGCGGUCGCCAAGGAGACGGAGCAUCCUGCAGCUGUAGAGGCCACAGACCGUCAGGAGACCAGUGCCACUGUGAGGGAAGCUCCAUCCAGUCUUGUGCCCAUCCUGUCCUUCCACGAGGGGUCUGACGUAAAGUUCCAGCCGCCCUGGAGGCCGUCGUCUGCUCCAGCACCGCUGCCCGUAUCCUCCUCUCCAUAUAGCCGCUCGCACCGGACCGAUGAAAACAGGAGGCAUCGUCCAGGUGCUGGACCACGGCCGGUGGACAGAAGGUGCCAUUGACGGCUUCUGAUGAAACACCACGGAGCUCCACGCAUGCUGAAGCAGGUGGAUGACGACUACGCCGCCAUGGUCCAGAGGGGGUGCACUGACCCUCACAGUUUGUUACAUCCGACCACAUGCCAACAUAUCUCCAGAUAUGUCAAGCAUCUGGCCAAAAGAAAACCCACCAGCUCCUCUGUGAACACCAGCCCAGAGAAGGUGUUGGAGACACAGCAGCUGUGGCAGAGCUUGACCACCGGCAGCCAAACGGUCAGUGUGCCGGUCAUCACCAUGCCUCCUGCAACCGUCAACCCUCCAGCUGUGGCUCCUCUCAAGGAGGAGUCACUGAGCCGGGAUGCAGUGGAGAAGAUGGUGGCUGAGAUCCUGGACAAGCAAGAGCAGCAACAUCCGCAGCAGAAGAUGACGAGGAACUGUCCGGCCUGCGCUCAGCCAAAGUCCCGCUACCUUGCCGACGGUUCCUCGGUUCAUUUAUUCUUCCAGACCAAGACAGUUAAAGAUUUCUACUGCUCCACCAAGGUCUUUAAGACGUAUGAAUGCGAAGGCCUGAAAGACCCCCGCAUGUCCUUUGAGGACUUUGCAGCGUCUCCUUUCUUUGAGCGCGAGCUGGAGGCCGCCAAGCAGAGGGGGGCCGAGUGGAAGAAGGUGAAGGAAGAAGAGGAAGAAGAGGAAGUCGGCGGAGCCGCUGCCGACAGGUCGCCUGUGCCGCUGAGGCAAGGCCCCGGCAGCCCUCAUGUUCACAGCUGCUUCCCCGGGGUGUUGGGGAAGUACGUCUACUGCCCCUCCAGGGUGUUCUCCCUGUACAAGGACCAGGGCAUGGGGAAGGAGAUGGCCUGGGGGGACUUCACACAGUCCGCUUUCUAUGAGGCGGAGAGAGACAGAUGGGUCACAGAGAGGAAGAAGAGACCACACACAUAUAUAGUAUUAGGAAUACUAAUUAAAUGAUACAAUAAGAAUUAUUGGACGAAUAUAAGCAGCAUUAUUGCAUUGAUAUUGAUUGCAAAUAUAUAUGUCCAGUACAUGAGAAUGUAUAUAAUUAUUGUUUUGGAAUAAAUAUCGAUAUUUUACGAGAAUAAAUACAAUUAUUGCUGUAUAUAAAUAUUAUAUAAUAAUGUAAAUAUAUAUAAAAUGUGUAUCCAUCCUGACAUUUGAGAAGCUAAAACCAGGUCAUGUUGCUGAUUGUUUCAGCACUUAUAUUAUAAAUAUGUUUUUGAAUACACUACUCUAUGUGUGUGUGUGUGUGUGUG